ACAUCCAUCCAUCACUUAUAGUAAUUAAUAAUUAAAAACACUAUUAUACUCAAGAUCAAUGGCGGAAGAUCAAGCAACGACGGCAAUGGAAACAUCGGCGGUGGAGAAGCAGCCAGAGACGACGAGAGAGGCUGAAGCACCAAGUUUGACGACGAAGAGGAUGGUGGUUGCGAUCGAUGAGAGCGAUUCGAGCUUCUACGCUCUCCAAUGGGUCAUUGACCAUUUCUCUAACCUUUUAUUGACCACUCAGGCAGCCGAGGCGGAAAGUGGAAUGCUCACCGUGGUUCAUGUGCAGUCCCCUUUCCAUCACUUUGCUGCCUUUCCGGCUGGACCUGGCGGCGCCACAGCAGUGUACGCAUCUUCGACAAUGAUAGAGUCAGUGAGAAAAGCACAACAAGAGACCUCUGCUGCGCUUCUGUCUCGUGCUCUCCAAAUGUGCAGAGCCAAACAGAUACGUACUGAAACUCUAGUCCUUGAAGGCGAGGCGAAGGAGAUGAUUUGCGAGGCGGUGGAGCAAAUGCACGUUGAUCUUCUCGUUGUCGGUAGUCGUGGCCUUGGCAAGAUCAAAAGAGCGUUUCUUGGGAGCGUCAGCGAUUACUGCGCUCAUCACGCCCACUGCCCCAUCCUUAUUGUCAAGCCACCUAAGGAGAUGAUGACUAAGUAACAUGGAUCUUAUACAUGUUUGGGUUAUUAAUUUUAUAAAGAGUGUGUCAUAAA